CCUCCUUUCUCCAAUGUUACACUGUUUUUCAGUCCUGGAAUUGGCCAAACAAUGACUUCCUGCAGGGGUAUCAGCUUUUUAAAUUUUCCAUUUGCUUCUCCAUCAGUCUUUCGGAGGCCCUCGGUCGGUGAGGGGUGAACCAGGCCCAGAGAGAGCUGGGCCCCUGGAAAUGUCACCGUCUCAGGAGGCUGGAAAGCUAUGCUAUGUGCUCUGCCUGGCAGGCUAGGAUCCGCCCUGGAGGAAGGAACCAGACCAGCCUCUGAGGGCUCAGUGAGGGGAUCUCCAAAGGAGCUCUUCUGCUGGCAGAUGUGUCCUACGGGAUUCCAGAGGCAAUGCCAGAUGUUGGUGUGCAGCUGUGCUCACAGAUCACCCUGACAAUUGCUGGCUCUCAGUCUUCUCUGCCUUGUGGAAAGACGCGGUGGGCCCAGAUUCCAACCCAAUCAAGCAAUUUACUUGGAAUUCCAUUUGUGAAUGAUUGUGUCUUGGUUGGGACAAGCAAGAGUAAAGCUGGUAUUGGCCGGAUUACUGGGGGAUUCUCCAAUCUUACUGCUGGUUGGGAAACUAAGGCUUGGCAGCACUAAGGAAUUUACAUGAAGUCACAAAGCUAGGAAGUGGGGUGCGGGCUUGUGUCUUGGCCUCCUGUGACUGUGGGUUCACCUUCCUACCAGGCUGGUUUGCAAAUGGGUAUGGACAGCCCGAGGAUCCAACCAAUCCUUCCUAGGCUGUACAGUUUUAAUCCUACAUGAUCAACUUUGGGAGUGAAAGAAAAUCCAAAACGGCAAGGCUUAAACACAAUUAAGAAGCCCCUCCCCUCCAAUAUAAAAAGGGCAGGAUGCUGCCUCACGGACUCCACUGAUAUGUCCCUGGAGAGUAAACUGCAGCCUGCAAAUUAGAGCAGUUCCAUGAAAGGAGACACCGAGCCUGAAGAUACUGUGAAUACAGAGGACUAGCACUGGCCUGGGAAGGGACAGUGGUCACAUGCAGAACAAGACCUGUUGAUCAAUGUGCUGGAUGAGGCUCCCAGUGAGGAAAAAUCAGGAGUACCUCCUCUUUCCUCAGAAGACCUCCUAUUAUUUGGUGCCAGCUUAUAGUCCACCUAAAUUAGAGAGCCCGUGGGACCUGCUUCCGUGUUAAUUGGACUUGGCCCUUUGAGGUGUUGGCCGAGUCUGUGGUGUUAAGGAAGACUGAGGGCCAGGAGGCAGCCCUGGCAGAAGCCCUUCUGUGGGCAGCUGGAACGCUCUGGUCCUACAGGUGAAGCUGACCCGUCACCAGGACUUAUGACCCGUGGCCUCACUCCCAUCCUGCCCCUCGAGUUCCACAAGAUGGGCUCCUUCCGCAGGCCAAGACCGCGCUUCAUGAGCUCCCCGGUGCUCAGCGACCUGCCCCGGUUCCAAGCUGCCCGGCAGGCCCUGCAGCUGAGCUCCAACUCGGCCUGGAACAGUGUCCAGACAGCCGUGAUCAACGUUUUCAAAGGGGGCGGCUUGCAGAGCAACGAGCUGUAUGUCCUGAAUGAAAACAUCAGGCGCCUGCUGAAGAGUGAACUUGGGUCGUUUAUUACAGACUAUUUCCAGAACCAGCUGCUUGCAAAGGGACUGUCGUUUGUGGAGGAGAAGAUCAAGCUGUGCGAAGAGGCUGGAAAUCCAAAACCUGGUGGCCCCGUUGGUUCAGCCUGUGGUAAGGGCUUUCUGGUGGUGGCAUCACAACAGCAGAAGAGAUCACCAGCCAAGACAGGAGGGCAGGCUUCAGGUGAGGACCUCGUGAGGGCUCUGGCUGACGUCUGGGACCACUUCUUCACGGAGACCCUGCCCACCCUGCAGGCCAUCUUCUACCCAGUUCAGGGACAGGAGCUGACCAUCCGCCAGAUCUCCCUCCUGGGCUUCCGAGACCUGGUCCUGCUGAAGGUGAAGCUGGGUGACUUGCUGCUUUUGGGGCCGCCAUCCAAGCUGCCCUCCUCCAUCGUCCAGAUGCUGCUCGUCCUGCAGAGUGUUCACGAGCCCACUGGUCCAAGUGAGGGUUAUCUGCAGCUGGAGGAGCUGGUGAAGCAAGUGGUUUCUCCUUUCCUGGGCAUCAGUGGGGACCGAAGCUUCUCAGGACCCACGUACUCACUGGCCAGGCGGUACUCCAGGGUCCGGCCCAAGGUGACCCUCCUGAACUACGCCUCCCCAGUGACCGCCGUCAGCCGGCCGCUGAACGAGAUGGCCCUGACCCCACUGACGGAGCAGGAGGGAGAGGCCUACCUGGAGAAGUGCGGCAGCGUUCGGCGGCACACGGUGGCCAACGCCCACUCGGACAUCCAGCUGCUGGCCAUGGCCACCAUGAUGCACUCGGGCCUGGGGGAGGAGGCCGGCAGCGAGGACAAGUGCCUGCUGCUGCCGCCCAGCUUCCCCCCGCCCCACCGGCAGUGCUCCAGUGAGCCCAACAUCACCGACAGCCCCGACGAACUGGAGGAGGUGGCCGGGGACAGCCAGGAGGACUCGGAGCCCAACUGCGCUUCCCUCAGCUGAGUCGCCUCCCCCAGGGCUUCCCAGGGCUUCCCAGCGCCUGCUCUGCCUCCAGGACGAGGAGAGCCCUACACGGACCCCCAGGGGCUCUUCCUUUGGUUGCAGGUGCCUUAUUUUAAGGUACAGCUCUGGUCUAGCUGCCCAAGGGGGGGUCCCUCAUUUCAGUGACUGACCAGCUCCUCGCAGCCACACAGACCCGGUUGCCUCCUUCCCCCCUCACUUGGAUCUUCAAGCCUGGGCCCUUUCCCCUGAGACGGUGGACUGCCCGGUGCUCCCAAUGCUGCAUCCGAUGCCCCUGGCAGAGGUUGUCAGGACCACACACAAAGCCAUCAGCAGUGGCUUGGCCUUGGCCUUUCCCCUUGAGGCCCUUGACCAGGCGAAAAGCAGUAGCAGGUUUGGCAGGAGUGAAAGUCAACUGCAGCCCGUCCCGUGGCCCUGUGAACGCACCCUCCUUACUUUAGUUUUGUAAUCACUGGGAAAGCGCCGCCCACCGGUGGCCAAGGGUCCAUCCUCCUACACCCAUGGGCUGCCCACACAGAGUCCUUUGGUUUGGGCCCGGAGGCCUCGGGCUGGCUGGUGUCUGUCUUUCAUUAAACCUCAGCAGUUCCCUCUCAGGCUUCCUCCCCAGGUCAAGGAACUAACCUCCUUAGAAGUCACUGGUGCCUUAAUCUCUCUCUCAUUUCAAAGUGGACGGCUUUCCUCUGGUGGAUGGGAGGGGCUGGCGGAAACCUACCAGUUAGUCUGUGCCUGGAUUUGACUUGAAUUUUUAAAAACGUGUAUUGUUUCAAAACCUUGUUUGCAAAUGUUUGCACGUAGGAUCUUGCACUGUCCAUUUCCAAUGGGGUGUGUCUCUUCACACUGAAAAUCAAGCAGACCCUCUGGGAAGGGAGACUGGGAGUGGCUCAGAAUAACCGUGGUGGGCAGGGCAGGGCGUGGGCCACUCUGGACCUGUGAGCGUUAGUGAGCACCAGGGUUUCUAGGCAGAGCCGUGUUGGGGUGCGGAGACUGUUUGCCUCUUGAGUAGAGGACUGUAACAGACAGAUCGUUGCCAUGGUCGAUAGUCAGCCGAGAAGACGGGAGUGGGGGCGAGAUUUUUUGGAAGGAUGUUUAUUUGUUUUCAUUCUGACCUGCCUCAAUGCUAUUUGAGGCAGCAGGCUUUGGUACUGUGUAUGACUGCUCCCUCCAGGUCUCGGGGCUCCUAUCGACCUGAGUCCCCAUCCUCCUCUUCAUGUCUGUCUGUUGGCCUCACUAAUAGCAGCUCCAGGAGAACAACAACAAAAAAAGUUCCUUCCACCAAUGUGUUGGGGAGCACAUGGUGGCCUUUCCGGAUCUUGUUGGUCUUUGGAGGUUUUGUUUAUGAAAUCUUAAGAUGUGAGCCACAAGGCAAGAGAGGGCUGGGAGAGGGCGAGGAUUUGUCGAAGCUGCCAGCUGGAGAAGAGACCUCCGCAGCUCAUCUAAGCCUCCAUGGUAUUUCCCUUCUGGGUGAAGAUCUGAAGUAUGUCUAGAACUGUGCUUUUGAUAGUUUGCGACUUGGAAGUUUUGUUUAAAAAGUUGAUUCAAUCUCAUCCUUCCAAGAGAGUGACAGAAGAGGAAUGUCAAGGAGAUCUUCCGAGCAUGUGUUGUUUAAAGUCCACAAAUUGACUAAUCUGCAUUAGCAAAUGGAACAUCAUGAUUUAUUUAACUGAUGGCUUCUGUCCUCAUUUAGUACACACCUUAGCAGAUAUUUAUUGAUCCAGGCAAAGGAAUUAAUCAUGCCUGGGUUUGCUUUUUUUUGGUUUAUAAGAUUAAUGAUUUGUGUUUUUAAAAUGCCUUUUCCAUAUCUCAGAUAUCUCUGAUGAGGCAAGCAGUCAUCAGUUAAAUAUAUAACCUCUCAGGGUGAGGAUGGGAGUGUCAGUAUAGACCAGUGUAUACUUAAUUGCUGCUGACUGGUAGCCAGUUUACAACUUCACCUUUGAACACACCUGAUGGUAUAGUAAAUAUUCCAGACUAUACACAUAAAAAUUUUGUGGGUGUUUAUGGGCAUUUUAGCCUUCAGAUCUAUUGCAAGUAUGAUACCUGUGGCAUUUUUAACCACUUUUCCUCUCCUCUGUGCAAAGAAGAUUCCUUUUAUUUAUGCCAGGAUUUUCCCAUGGCUGAGGUUUAACAGGAAGCAAUCACAACUCUUGACUCUGAGUGAAAACAAACCAAAACCCUUUUUACAUGUUGUCUGUUUCCAAAAUGGAUCCAAUAAACAUAAUUUUGUACAUGUUA